AUGGCCAAGCUGGAUAUGGUAGUUUGGUCAUUCCAUCUUAAGGUCUUGGUUCUACCCAGUCUGCUUUUGAAAGAAAGAAACAUCCCUAAUCAAGGGCUUGGUUUAAGACAGUCAAAAUUGGCCAAAAGGUCAUCAAUAUUUGAUGAUCCAAUCAAGAAAAUUCAAGAAUUAACUGCUUUAAUAAAAGAUGACAUCACAGCGCUUAACAUAUCAGUUUCUGAUUUGCAAACCCUCCAAAAUAUGGAGAUAGCUGAUGGAAACUAUUCUGAAGAUCGAGCUGUUCAUUCGACUACCAUUUGUGACGAUUUGAAGAAUAAACUUAUGGGGGCUACAAAGCAGUCUCAGGAUGUGUUAACUGCUAGAACAGAGGUCGUACUUACUGGAAUGAUAUUUUCUACAAAUGUAUCAAGAGAAAGCCCUUCAAGGCAUCAAGCAAAUACCGUAACCGAGCCACCUCCUUGGUCAAGUUCAUCUAAUUCAUCUGGGAAUUUGCAACCUGCAGUGUGA